AUGGUACACGCCAUGUACUCACGUUCCUUACUUAUUUUAUUCGCAGUUUCUUUAAUCUCCAAACUCGCAUUGGCCUUUGAUGCCUCAGCAAGCUCCAAUGUUGCCGUUUAUUGGGGUCAAAAUAGUGGAGGUGGACAAGAAAGGUUAAGAGAUUACUGUGACUCCUCAUCUGUGGAUAUUGUGCUUGUCUCGUUCAUGACCGCUUUUCCUUCAGUUGCACUUAAUUUCGCUAACCAAUGUGGAGACACCUUUUCCAGUGGUCUUUUACAUUGUCCAGCCAUUGGCUCUGAUAUUACUUAUUGUCAGUCUAUGGGUAAGAAAGUUUUACUUUCCCUUGGUGGUGCUUCAGGUGCUUAUGGGUUCCAAAGCGAUUCAGAAGCUGAAACUUUUGCUGGUACCUUAUGGAAUAUGUUUGGUGCUGGAAGUGGAACUGAAGAAAGACCAUUUGAUAAUGCCAUAGUCGAUGGAUUUGACUUGGAUAUCGAAAAUAAUAAUCCUAUCGGAUAUGCUGCAUUAGUGACAAAAUUGAGACAAUAUUUUGCAACUGAUUCAAGCAAACAAUAUUACAUUUCAGCUGCUCCUCAAUGUCCUUAUCCUGAUGCUAGUGUUGGUGAUGCCAUGGCUAAAUCCGAUAUUGAUUUUGCUUUCAUCCAAUUCUAUAACAAUUAUUGCAAUUUGGGUCCUAAUUUCAAUUGGAAAACUUGGCUCAAUUAUGCUACUUCAGUUUCUCCAAACCCCAACAUUAAGUUGUAUUUGGGAUUACCUGCUGCCUCGAAUUCUGCUGGAACUGGUUAUGCUUCCGCUUCAACGGUUGAACAAUACUUAGAUUUAAUCAAAGAUAGCCCUCAAUUUGGUGGUAUUUCUUUAUGGGAUGCGUCUUCUGGCUGGGCUAAUACUGACUCCCUGGGUACUACCUUUGUUGAACAAAUGAAGAACCUUUUGAUUGAUUCAAGUUCACCAGCUUUGACAUCUUCCAAAAUAUCAAGAACUUCAUCUACCAGUACAACAUCAAGUACUUCAUCUACCAGUACAACAUCAAGUACUUCAGCUACCAGUACACCAUUGCUUGCUUUGAGUACUUCCUCUACCAGCUCAACUUCAAGUACUUUAUCCACUUUAACUACCAACACAUUUAGUAGUUCCAAGAGCUCUACGGCUCCAAUUAUCAUCAGUCCCAGUUCCAGCGCUUCCACCUCUGCUACUAGUUUUGCAGCAGCUUCCAGUACCUUCAGUCCAAGCUCCAGUGCUUCAGCAACCUCAACUGCAGCUUCUUCCAGUUCAGUAAGUACUCUUUUGCCUUGGUUUACAGCUAAAUCAUCUACUACUUCCGAUAUUGUUGACGCUCUAAGUCUGUCUGAAGUCGCAACAUCAUCAUCACCAAGUUUAGCAGUCUCUUCACCUGUUUCAUCAACUGAGGCUCAGCUCGAGUCAGAAACAACAGUUGAAGUUUCUUCUGCGCUCACAUCUGCUGAAGUUUCUUCCGCAGUUCCCUCAUUUACAUCUGCUGCUUUAGCCACUACUGAUCUGGAGUUGGAAGUUACUCUCUCAUCAAAGACAACUCCAGUAUCUGAUCUUGGAGUAGUAGACUCUACUUCAUCAACCAGACCAAGAAGAGUCGUGACAUGGGCCUUCACUGAAACUGUUACUGCCACUUCUUGGGUCACAAUUCCCUCUACAACACAAUACUCUACCACUACUAUUCAUUCAGUUCCAGGAUUUUUCCAGUGGUUUUUCUAG